UCACUUCCUCCGAAAGUAAAACCAGCAAAGAGCGGCGUUUCAACCUCACGAAAAACUGUAAGUGUUUAUUUGUGAAUACAUCGCUGCCAAAAAGUAUCUUUGUGACCGAAUUACAGAAGCGCUUUUUGCACGCAAACUGGCAGUGAUACAUUUUUAUCUUCCCAAGGAAAUACUGCCUGAUCAUUUAACAUGUCAGCCAGAGGAAAGGUGAGAAGUAAAAAGACAGCCAUCCAUGAGGCCCUGUGCGCCGACUACCUUCUAAUCCUCAACAAAGUUCAUGAGAAGGAGCUGAUCACUUCGCGUGAGUACACGAACCUCAAAAGCAUCAAGCACGGAACCGUAGAGGUCCACGUCGUUGAGCUGGUGGACAAGCUCCUGAACAAAGGAGAAGACACCUGCAAAGCCUUCCUUAGCCUCCUGCAAACUGAUGACGAAAUUCACCUUACUUACCCCACACUGAGGAGGGAGUUGUAUGGCGCAUGCCCUUUAGCCAAGCCUGUCCAAGAUACAUCAGUGGACAACAGUGAGGUUCUGCCUCCAGAGAGCAAGAGACAAAAGAAGGACGAGCAGUAUGAAUUGAACAGCCGCCCCAGAGGCCUCUGCGUGAUAAUUAACAAUGAGAAUUUCAACAAACCGAGGCGUGGAACUAACAAAGACGCUGAAUGUUUGGCCGAGGUGUUCAGCUGGCUGGGCUUCAGGGCGCUGAUGUGUAAAGACCAAACCAAGGACCAGAUGGAGCGGGCCCUGAAAUGCUUCGCUUCGCAGAGCGACCUCACUCAGCUGCAGGAGUUCAAAGUAGAGGAGUGGACCGGCAGCAAAUUCACUGCUCUUCAGGAGGCCCCUCGGCACGGCGAUGCCUUCCUCUGCUGUAUUCUCAGUCACGGACAGAAGGGUGUAGUCCUCGGUAUUGACGGCCAGCCUCUUUCCAUCAAAAAAAUAAUUGGAACAUUCAUGCCGCCUGCUAACACAACCCUCAUCGGCAAGCCCAAAGUGUUCCUGAUCCAGGCCUGUCAGGGAGGGCUAACACAGCACGGAGUGUUGGAAGGUGUAGAGGCUGAUGAUUCUCCCUCGCCAACCAUCCCACUGCAGGCUGAUGUCCUGGUUGCCGUUGCCACUGUGGAAGAUCAUUUAUCUUUCAGACACGUCACUGAAGGGAGCUGGUUUGUCCAAUCUGUGUGUGAGCAACUAAAGAAGGGCUGUGAGAGGGGUGAAGACAUUACCACCAUCCUCCAUCGCGUGAACUAUGAAGUGGGGCAGAAAGAGGGCCACAGUACACCCGGGGAAAAGAAGCAGAUGCCAGAAAUUAGGUUCACCCUAAGGAAGACACUUGUGUUGUCUCCACAUCCUUUUUUGCAAAAUAGUGCUUGAUGUAUUUUUUAAGGAUCUCUGAUACACCCCGUGUACUCAAUAUUAUUUUUUCAAAGUACUCAAUCAUUUGUAUAAUUCAAUGUCUUAUA